UAGGACGGUGCGUCUCCUGCUGCUGCUGCUGCUUCACUCGCGCUGAGCUCCACCAUCAUGGCCUCCACACCGACACCACCGAGGAUGAAGCGAGCAGCCAGCGGCCCUUCUUCCCUUCUUCCCGGUGCGGAGACGGACGUCAAGCCGAAGCAGAGGCACCGGUAGAGGCGAGCCGCGCCGGGGAGGAGCCGCCGCCUCACAUCCCGAUGCCACCCCGGUCUCCUCCAUGCCUUCGUCGAAACACAAGUACAGCUACUCCAUAAAGAAGAGCGGGGAGAGCCCGGGCACGAACAUGACCACCAACCGGGAUUAUUCCGUGAAUCUGUCGGUGCAGCAGGUGCUGAGCCUCUGGGUGCAAGGGACGACGCUGCAGCAUUUCACAGAAAUGUGGUACUGGGUUUUCCUGUGGUGUCUCUUCUCCUCGCUCUUUGUCCACGGGGUGGUGGGGCUGCUCAUGUUAGUCAUGCUGCAGCGCCACAAGAGAGGCCGCCUCAUCACCCUGGUGCUGGUCAGCGUGGGUUUCCUGGCAUCGCUCUCUGGAGGCGUCAUCACCAGUGCAGCGGUGGCAGGCGUUUACCGUGUGGCAGGGAAGGACAUGGCGCCACUGGAGGCUCUGGUGUUCGGUGUGGGCCAAACCACACUCUCUGUCGUCAUAUCCUUCUCACGCAUCCUGGCCACUCUGUGAAGAACAAAAAAACCCUCGACAAGCAGAAGGACAGAUGCCGACACCACGCAACAUGAAUUGAGCCAAUCAGAGACUUCACGUAACUCGCCAUGACCUCAGAGAAGAGGAGGAAGGCAGAUAUCCUUUGGACCUUUAGGGCUGGAUGGAAGGACAGAGCGCCCCCUUGUGUCUCUGUCCUGUUACUGCUAGAAUCACAGAGCAGCAGCAGGUGGAGAUCCUCUGAACUUGAAAGCCAUGAUCGGGGAGGGGGGGUUUCCAGCGUUUGUGCCAAUGACCUUUUCUGGGACAAAGAUGCUCUCUGUUGCACUCGUGUGGGAAAGAAAAGCAAUUUUUAAAAAAUGUGAAUCAACAGUGACGACCUGUAGUCACGAUGUAAUGAGAACAAAAGGAGCUACGAGGGGGGAGUUUAGGAAGCGACGACCCAACAGUGUUCAGGAGCAGAAACACCCUCUUCAUCAGCCUCACCAUCAUGCAGAUACAGGCUCAAAAGCUGCACCAUUGAACUCCUGAGUCGAAGAUACAGCUUUGAAUUGUGCACGUUGCAUUAGUUGGAGACGCUGUUUGACCUGAGAUGGAGGUGGAGCUGAACGUGUGGAGGAGAAAACCAGCAUCAGUGCUACGUUGGUUUGUCGUGUUGAAAUAUUGAUUUCUUACGUGUCAACCAGAACAAAACUCCAAGAGGAGACAUUUUGGGGAAUACAGUUGUUUACGUAGUGUAACUCUUACUCUUGUGCCUGUGUGGUAAAAGAUUUUGGGUCCAAUUGAGCGCCAGACCACAUAACCUUUGAGAUUGAGUAUGAGUCUGGAAAGGGUUUAGUCACCUCCCACGUCCAAGUGGCAUCAUCAAAAUGCCUCUAUACGCAAUUGAAUAGACCUACAACCAAUCAGACCAAUGAUCCAGGUGAAGUAUGGCUUCUUGACUUCCAGACGUGUAGUGAGAGGAUUAACAGACAUAAUCCUAAUCUUAACAACCAGUCAAAAAUCUUUGCAGUUUUGACUCAUUCAUAGAGUGAUUGUACUGUAUCUUGAGCAUAUUUGCUGUUACACAUAACUCACACAGUCGUCAAGGGGCAAGUUUUGGGUUCAGUGUCUUGCCCCGAGGACGCGGAACAAACUAAUAUCUCCUGACCCUGACGCCAUAAACUGCAUUUGAUCAUUUAUGACGCAGAAUCCUGGUGUGUUAAAGGAGCUGUGAUGUGUAUGUGUGUGUAUAUGACAGCGAGGGGCCUUUGGAGCAACGACAGCUGGAUAUUAAGUAACAAUAAAAUAAUCCAGGUCGUGCUGCAAAACGAAUAAGGCAAUUUUCUUUUUUGCAAAAACAUUAAUAAUCUGUUUUGCUCUAAAGUCACAGUUGAUGAGGCGAGUGUGUGGUAAUCCCCACUCUUAAAUCAUGUGUUUAUCAAACUUACAUCAAAUAUCAAAUAUUACAAGUUGGGUCUGAAGUCUUGCACACUCUUGCUCCAUAUGUAUACAUUCUUACUUGAAGUGAUGACGUUUUAGUCUUCAGUGUCGUUGUGACAUUGACACUCAUUUAUAAUGUAGGUCACUCCUCCUUGACACAUGUGCUGGUCAUCA